UCGAGGAGGCGGUCCGGCGGGCGCCAUGGAGGAGGCGGCCGAUUCUGAGGAGUUUUCAUCGUCGGAAGAGGACGAGGACUACCUGCCCUCCGGUGGAGAGUACAGCGAAGACGAUGGGAGUGAGUUAGUGAAGGAGGAUGAAGUGGACGGAGAAGAAGAGUCUGUGCCAAAAAGCCGAAAAAGAAAGCCUCAAAGCGUCCCUGCCAGGAAGAGAAAGAAAGGUGGCCUGUCCUUAGAGGGAGAAGAGGCAGAAGGCAAAGCUGAAGAAAGCAGCAGUGCCGAGGACGAGCCUGCGGCUGAGCAGGGAAAACGGAGCAGGUCAGAGGAUGAAAGGAAGAAGAAAGAAGAUGCGCUGUGGGCAAGCUUCCUCAGUGACGUGGGGCCCAAGGCCAGGGAAUCUCCCAUCCAGGCAGCGACGGACUCACAAGCAAAGAGCUCAAGCAAGUCCCCGGUGACCCAGAAAGAGCCGGAGAAGCCCAGAGGAAGCGAGAAGGUUACCAUCACCAAGGUUUUCGAUUUUGCAGGUGAAGAGGUCAGGGUGACUAAGGAGGUGGAUGCAGCAUCCAAAGAAGCCAAAUCCUUCCUCAAGCUGAGCGAGAAGGAGAAACCACAGGCCGAUACCCCUUCAGCUGCCUCUACCCUCCCCACAGGCUCUGGGGUGAAGAAGCCAGGUGGUAUGAGCAGUCUUUUAGGAAAAAUUGGAGCCAGGAAGCAGAAGAUGAGCACCCUGGAAAAAUCCAAAUUGGACUGGGAAACCUUUAAGGAGGAGGAAGGGAUUGGCGAGGAACUGGCCAUCCAUAACCGAGGGAAGGAAGGGUACAUCGAGAGGAAAGCUUUUCUGGAGCGAGUCGAUCACAGGCAGUUCGAAAUUGAGCGGGACCUCAGGCUGAGCAAAAUGAAGCCCUGACGCCGGUGGCGACGGAGGAAAGGAGCGGAGACGGCAGCCUCACCCUGCUGACAAUGUGAACUCUACUUUUGUGUGUCUGUGAAAUCUGUCUGGACCCCGUCCUCCGCAGCUUCAUGGAGAGGAGGCGGAAAUGUGUUAAGACUUCUGUGUUGAGACUCAGCCUGUGUGUCUCCAUCCACCCCAGGGUUCUCCCUCUUUU